GUCAAUUUGCAGAAUGCUCGACGCUCGAGGAGUGACCGUGAAAUUAAAUUAGUAGAAUUCUAGUUAGUCGAUCAAUGCACAAUUGCCGACUAACUCGAGUCACCUUGAAUUGCAAGGUACCUUCCGAUCUGCCCCAGAUCAAAUAAGACUGCGGUUCCGAUUCGAUUCGAAGCCAAUUGAAGAAUAUAAAUUCGAGUUAUUCGGUACGAACGACACACAGGAAACGAACGUUCCUCUUACAAUCGGUAGCGUUUAUCAGACGGAUAGUAAACGGGAUUAGGGUAUCAGUCCGAAGACAGGUGAAUUUGUUGACAAAAUGAUAUCGGUAAAAGUUACUUUGCAAUAAGAAUAUCGUUCUGUCAGCAUUUUAAUUCGCGUGUGCGAUAUUUUUCUUUACCCGAUCACUUAUUGAUCGAAACAGAAUCAACAACGUUAUCUUCGUCCGAAGUAAGGUGGAUUCCCACUAUCUGACAAUGGCCGAUCCGGUGCCGCGAUCAGCUACUCGAAAACAAGCGAAACUAGGGCUGUAGUCAGUACAAUAGAGUAUAGGGAAAAGCGUGUAAAAGCAGAUGGCCUCAGGAGCCAUCGAUCGGACGCGACUCCGAAUCUGCAGGUAGACUGCCUGCUGUUUGGAUUCGAUCCACUUCAUGAUCGGAACCGGCACCUUCCGGCCAAAAUCUAGGGAAAGCCUACUUGAACUAACAACUUACAAGAGAUAGUUGGAAGAAAUCGAAGGGUAGGCUUUCCCUGGAUUUUGGUCGGAACGUGCUGGUUCCAGCCAAGAGAUAAUCACACCUUCCACUUACGCAUACUAUCGCACCGUAUCCAUGUGUUCCGAGUUCGGCUCAACUUCGGUUUAGUAGAGAGUGAAGGCGAAAUUCCGUCGCAUUAGCCAAUUUCUUAUUUUGAGGUAACUAUUACUUAUCCUGAAAUAAAAAAUUGAUAUUCAUAAUACGGAACAGAUGGACUUAAUUUAUUGUAUGCGCCUGCUAGUUACGCGACGCAAAGUCCGUUUCCUCAUGUUUUUCUAUCCUUGAUUCAUUGACAUUAUUCUUAUCGAUAUGGCGCAGAUUACUACCCUCAUACCGUUGUAUGAUCAACAGGCGCAAAUAGUAGAUCGAUAUGGAUUUUUAACGUUUACUCCCCGGGCGGUCGUCUUUCUAUGAAACGAUAAACUCUUGUACUCAUAAUCAGGAAAAAAGGAGAAGGCGUGGUACUCCCGACUCCUUGCGGUCCCAAGAAUAUCCUAUUUCGCUUCUUUCAUCGAAAUUAUGGAACCGCUCGUAAAUGUUUACAUGAAUCAUGGUUUUUGAUAAGGAACGUUCUGAUCGUUUCUGCGUAGAUCUUGGGUGUCAACUGGGGUUGAGAUUAGUUGACGAAUGACCGCAAUUACCCAAUGCGAUGUCCGAUAAGAGGGUCUCUACAUUUUUUGUCACACGCACAUCGCGCUGAAAAUUUGUUUGGAAUAUUCGUGAAGUUGAUAUUAAAGUGUUUAAGACAUAUAACAAAGGUUUAUUCAUUAAAUAGCAAAUCAAAAUACGUUGCAAGGUCCUCUGACACAAUGGCACAAAAAGUAUUGUUCCACACAAGGAUGGUGUAACUGAUGCAAGAAAUCCCUCACGACGGUAGUGGGGAUAACUUGCCAAUGGUGGGAGUGAGAGAGAGGUAUCCCAAUUACCGUUGUGAGGGAUUUCUUGCACCAUCUCUGGUCCCACAGAACGACUCGACCUUACCCCUUAAAACUACAAAAAUAAGCAUGAAUGGGGAUGCGAAGAAACCAAUGAAAGCCUUGAAAACGAAGAGGAAAUCGCCUAGAACACAGAUGCCUUACCGCUUCCCCGCUUUCACUCUUCGCCUCAAAGACUAUACGAAAAUUUACAAAAAACCAAUAACAAAGACAAUCGUCACACUUGGCUUGACGACUCGGUCGACAAGCAAGAUUAUGCAUACUCUCGGUGCGCGCACACAAUCGUACACGAUUGCAUGUACACGAUUCGGUGGAGGGUGUUGGAUUGGCUCGCGUCCGUCGUCGUCGACGAAGUGGUGGGAACGGCGGUGUCACGAUCCGGAAUCGGAAUAUAAAAGUUCCCCGAAGCAUCGCCGAGUUUCUAUUCGGAGACCAGCGCCGGUCUAGUUGUUCGGCGAGUUCUUCUGACCGUCCUUGGUUUCCUCGAAAGGUCACGACCGGAAUUGAUUCUCUUCUCCCGAUCGUUUCGCUUUUAAACCGGAAACGCGAGUCUCAGUUUCUGGCCGGAUCGUUUUCCGUUGGUUCUUUCGUUUCUACUACGAACGACCGCGGUCUUUGUUUCACCGGGAUGCCUACUUGCGCGUGUGACAAACAAAUGUUCGGCGAGGGAAAACACGUGUGUCAAGUGAAGUCUCGCGACGGCGUUGCCAGCAACGAGGAGACACAGGAAUACGACCCUGCCGUUAGAUACAUAGAUGGAUCCGUGCGACUCCGAAAUCCGAACAUCGAGCUCAUGGAUCAGGACAUCCUGUACCAUCUCGCGCUGGGUAGCGGGUCGCACGACCUCGUCGAGAUGUUCGGUGACGUUAAGUUCGUCUGCAUGGGAGGAACGCCGAAGCGCAUGGAACAAUUCGCACAUUACAUAAUGAAGGAGAUAGGCCACAAGCUUCCAGCCGGGACGACGCUCCUCGACAUCAGCCAGUAUUCAUACCGUUACAGCAUGUACAAAGUCGGUCCGGUGCUAUCUAUCAGCCACGGAAUGGGAAUUCCGUCGGUCGGGAUCCUGCUCCACGAGGUAAUCAAGCUGAUGUAUCACGCGAAAGUGAAGGACCCGAUAUUCUUCAGGAUCGGUACUUGCGGUGGUAUCAACGUCGAAGGUGGUACCGUGGUAAUUUCCGAAGAAGCGGUCGACGGAAUGCUGAGAACUUACUUGGAAGUGCCUGUGCUUGGUAAACUCGUGAGAAGACCCGCGAAGCUUGAUCGGCAGCUGACUCGAGAGUUGAAGGCCCUCGCGCAUCGCGACGAUCCUUACGACACUAUAGUCGGCAAGACGAUGUGUACGUGCGACUUCUACGAGGGACAAGCGCGAAUGGACGGUGCGUUCUGCGAGUUCUCGGAACAGGAAAGGAUGGACUACCUCAACGAGCUGCACAGCAACGGUGUGGUCAACAUAGAGAUGGAGAGUAUCGCGUUCGCGGCCCUCACCCAUCUCGCCGGUAUCAAGUCUGCCGUCGUCUGCGUCACGCUGAUAGACCGGUUCAAAGGGGACCAGGUGAUGGCACCAAAGGAGGUGCUUGACGAGUGGCAGAUAAGACCACAACAGUUGGUCGCGCGUUAUAUAACCAGAUACCUUCAGCGAAAAGGACGGCUCUCGUUGGAGGGUCACGGAUCGAUGUGCGUCAAGAGCCCCCGUCGGUUCAAGCUCGUGCAACAGGAAUCGGAAAACUACGAUUAAGCCAGUAAGCGUGAGACGAAGGAAUCGGUGAGCAUUCGACGUGCAUCCGGUUUGGAUCGCGUUACAAGGAGGAGACUGCUCACUGUGGAAGCAGGGCGAGAAAGAGAAAGCACUGGACUCGUUGAUCGAUUCUACUUGUUGACGAUCGGCUCGUUCCUUCGAAUCAAAUUUUAAUUCGUUCAUCUCGACCGAGAGAGAAGUAUCAUUGAGAGCAGCGACGAGUGGCUAUUAUGGGUUCAGACCGGGAGCGUAUAUUCUCUUUCUUUCUUUCUACGUUGCGUUUCAUGUCUGUGGUAUUUAAAGAGAAAAAAAUGGAUAACUCGUUUGGUAGAUGUUUUCGUGCGACGAUACUUUGGCAAGGCUCACACGUUCAAAUGAUGAUCGAUCAACGUGAAUCGAAUGGUUCGGCGAUCGUACUUCACUCGUCAGCGUGUAUCUAUUAGAGUUUCGUGACGACGCUUGAGUCUCAAAUGCACGGCGUACCUGUAGCGUUGUCACGGUAGACGGUCGAUAGCAAGACGUUAAGGUUCCUUUCGAGUUCUUUGAGAGAGACGAUCGCGAGAAACCUCGAUCGGUCGUUACCAUGCGCUGCUUACGCGUGGUAAUUCAAGUACAGUACAAACCAGACACAGGCAUUGAAAACGAAACGAAGAGAAUCAGCAGAGUACACGACGUAUGUCGUGUUUUAUGCACCGUGUACAACAUUCGUUAACGACGCUCGGCCACGUAUCUAUCGUCCAUGUGUUUUCUAUAACGGUGUAAGUUCAAGUGUAUCCCUGUUAAAGAAAACCAGCGAUUGACGAUUAGGACGUACAAUAGAAGUUUAACGUUCGUCGAUCAAAGAUCCGCGAGAAUGUAAUCAGCGAACGUCGAGAACAUUUUGUACACGGUAUCAAAGAUGGCGGAUGGCCCUGUCGCGACGCUCGCGGUUCGAUCGUUUUUGCAUAGCCGGUGAUUAUUUUUAAACCGCGUCUCAGGGACGCUCGUUCGAUAAUGUUAAGGUUCCGUGUAACGCUAGUUCGUUCGAGUAGCUACAUUCCACAUAGUUGUACGAAUAUGCAUCGGUACUUAGGAGGCACCUACCGUCGUUCGAUCGACGACGCGAUCGGGGUUUUCAUUGCGAAGCUUAGGCCGUUAUUCAGAGUCGUUGCUUAUUCUUAAGACCAUCUUGAGCAUUUGUUAUCCCUAUCUAUCCCAUAUUUCCAUUCUUUGUUUUAUAUAGGAAACAGGGACUUAAGCAAAUGCUUAAGGUGAUCUUAAAUAUAAGUAACGACUCUGAAUACCGGCCUUAGUUCACAUGUAAACUCGUUUUUCUGUAUUUCGUCAUUUCAAAUAUCGGUCGAAGGGUUCAUUUUCAAUGACGAUUAAUUGCAAUUGGUGAUCAGAAGCAUUUUUAGAACGUACUUGAUGCGUUUAGGUAAGAAAACGUUGAAAUUUUGUUACCGUAUUUCCAUGUACAUGUAAAUGUGUUCAACGAUAAAACGUUUCUCUGGCUAUGAGUAAUACGUCUGUGUACCCAUUAUACGUAUUGUAUUAUUAAGGAAAUGUUUAUUUCGAACACUUGUUGCUGCGAACACUUGAAGAGUCGAGUGAAUCUUUUGUAUGCGUCGCGGUAAAAUUCGAGUAAUAACACGAUCGUUGCGUUUUAAUUGCUUCAACGCAAUUUUAAACUUACCUCACUUAGAGAAUUUAAAAUAGCUCCGCGCUAAAACUGAUCACGCUCCAACGUUUGCAAAUAAUAAUAAUAAUAAUAAUAAUAAUAAUAAUAUUAACAAUAACAAUAAUAAUAAUAAUAAUAAUAAUAAUCGUUGCUGUUUGAAUUACGAGGGAAACGGUGCUCGAUGCAUCGACGUACAUAAAUAAAUUCAUAGCUAUCACGCAGUACGCACAAUUACCAGUUUAACGUUUAUUGUACGAGUUUGCGUAAAGGUUCACGGUGGCUGUUCAAAGUUAUUGUUGGUGUUUAUCACGGUUCAGGCUCCAAAUGCCGCGACGGUUAAUUAUAUAUUUUUGUGAUUACUCCAAUGUUCCCACAUAUCGUACCGUGUUUACUAUUACCAAUAUUAUAGUUGACGAUGUUGCGCACGAUUCGCGUGCUGAUCUUGCGAUAUACGUUCAUUAAUAUCGUUGAGCGCCGUUUAUUACCUCCGUACUGUUAACGUCAAACUCUCUUUGGAAAAACCGACGGUGCUGGAAAUCGAGUUUGUCCAUUGAUAGAUCGACCAAUAUUGUCCGCUCAGAGAUUGAUUUUAACAAAAAAAAAAAAUUGUUUGUUAUCUCGGAUGCCAAGUGUAUGGAAUCGAUUUCAAUGUUCUGCGAAGAGCCUAAAGCUACAUAUAGAGAUACGUAAUUUAGGAACGUCAGAGUCGAAGUUUCACUUGCGACAAAUUGCAAAAUGAGUUGCAUAAAAAAAUAAAAUGGCUACGCGCUCUUCUGAGUUUACGCGUAGAUGUGAAAUAAGUUCUUAGAAACUGUUAGAAACUGCGCUUUCCUUUUCGUCCGCAUCAUUAAUUUGCCGUUUUCGAUUCGGCUACUUCAGAAUCGGCACACGCCUCAGUUCAAGAACAUAUACGUUUUUAUUUUCUAUGAACAACGACAUAUCUGUGAUGCGUAUUAAGAAAUUAAUGUCGAGUAUUAUGAGGAGUACCAAAUGUUGUUGAUACACUUAUAAAAUACACUUAUUCGAUUUAAAGAGGAGAAGAACGGAAGGAACGUGACUUCUCUCGAUCGUGUACAGUCGUACACGUUGCACGCGUAUGCCUACGUCAGUGGUGGGGCACGAAAUCCCUCACGACGAUAGUGGGGGUAACCUACCAUAUGGUGAAAG